AGGGUGUUAAACCCAGCACAUCCUGCUGACAACAGUAAUGAAGCUGAUCUGUGUGCAGACGGCUGGCCUGUGCUGGGUGACUGUGGUGCUGACCUUCCUCCUGUCUGCUGGACACAGUGUUUCUGCCGUGGACCAGAACUGGCUCACAAGUAUUGUAGAUGGCAUCAAGAAUGAGUAUGCGCUAGGCGAAUCCUUCAGUGUGGCUGUGAAUGUCCCGGAGAACGAAGACCCGAACAACCUUCAGCAAGUCCUUCAGGACGACCCGGCAGACCAGGUGAAACAAGCUGUUUCACAGGGUCAGGUUUACCAAGGCACCAGGGUGGUGGCAGCAGCACAAUCAGAGGCAGUGUCACGUGUUCUAGAAAACAUACAACCGUUUAUUAAAAGCAGCCAGGGUAAUUUCCUCAUCAUCUACUCCGCACAAUCCCCCUGCGGUCCAACGUGUACGAAUGCAAACGAAGAUGGUAUUUCUAGCAAGAUUAACAAUGUCACUCAGAACUGGGGCGGUUACGCGUUUGCGUUUUCUAACGUAGCCGAUGUUCCCAACGCCAACACGUCUCAACUUGCCCAAUCCUUUCAGCAACUUGGUAUUUCCAAACUCGGGCUUGACAACAUAUUCCGUUGUUAUAAUCCCGGAGAUGGUGCUUUUCGGUGCACCACCUGCUCCUCAGGUGGAGAUGUUACACCCUCCUGCGUUGCAAACACGGCUCUGUCAAAUCAAGAACAAGGUGCAGGCGAGGAAACAAGUCCACUCGAACCAGUAGACACAGGUAUAGGUAGCAGUCGUAGAGGAGGCUGCAAGCGCAGAGGCGGCGGCGGCAAGGUUGGAAGAAGAUGUAGGCGUAGAGGAGGGUGCAGGCGUCGAGGGGGCGGCGGCAAGGUUGGAAAAUGGAGCAAGCAAAGAAGAGGGCGCAGGGGUAAAGGAGGGGGUCAGCUUCGCGGAGGGCGCAGGGGCAGAGGUAGAAGAGGGGGCAAGCGCAGAGGCAACAAACGAAGAGGAGGCGGCAGAUGUAGAAAAUGGGGAAAGUUCAGAAGCAGGCGUAGAGGGUAGAAAACUACUAGAGACUGCCAUGACUCAGCUAAGACAACGAUACCCUACGCUUUGUAAAAAUCCACUUGCUUCUUUUCCUUUCCAUAAUCCUUCUCGAGCAUUUGAAUUUAUUAUUUGAUGCCUACGUCUAUAUGACACCUCCGCUUUGGCCUCGACUGAAAGGCUCCGCCCCUUUUCAAAAGUCUCUGUCGCUGCCUUUCCAUCGCAGUUUCGCACAAAAUAGAAGAACUUUUUUUUAAAAGUCGACAACAACACAAUUGCAAAUGCUCUGUGUUUCCAUUCAGUAAUGUUAUGCGAGUAAAGCUGGGUUUUCUCCUCUUGCAGUAUUUUUCCAAUUAAACAUGGCGAUGGAUUUUCGGCAUCUGUUAACUCGCCGUUGUAAUAUUUCAUUUAGGAGAUGACGGCGUCUGAUGCACAUAAUGAUGGAAAAGCAAACCCCUUAUAUCUGGCAGCAGCAACGUAUCAGGGAUUUUUAGGAGAUAAUAGUCUGCAAUGUUUUUGGAUGUCAUGUUUCGUCAUGUGACAUAAAUGUGGGAAAAAAAUGUUUCCAUUCCACUUUUGGGAAAUAAUGUUUUGUCAAAAAGUCUGAAGAACCACCUCAUGCGAGCGGAUACUUUUUUUUUUGUGACAUUUGGGGUUUUUCGGAAAUCAUUAGGCCUAAUUUCUUGUUUUUGUUUUUGUGUAGUUUGCUAAAAAAAUUAAAUAUUUUGACUUAC